AUGUCAACAUCUUCGGCCAAAGGAUGGUCCUAUUUGCAGGAGAAACAAGCCCUGGUUGAAGGUAAAGAUAUCAGUGUAAGUAGGACAACUGCCACACCUCCCUCCAAUGACUUCCGGAAAAAUAUGAAACUAGAGGCAAAUGACCCUCGUAACAGCACAUCCAGUUGUAUUGCAACGGUAAUUGAUAUGCAAGGGCCACGACUGCGCCUGAGGUUAGAUGGCAGUGACGACAAGAAUGACUUCUGGCGUUUGGUUGACUCCAGCGAUUUGCAUCCUGUCGGCUACUGUGAGAAACACAAGGGACUGCUGCAACCACCUCUAGGUUUCCGUAUGAAUUCGUCCAGCUGGCCAGGAUUCCUGCAGCGAACCUUGAAUGGUGCUGUGCUAGCCCCAGAUUAUUGUUUCAAAAAGGAGCCGUCCACACCCUCACAUAACGACUUCCAGGUCGGGCAGAAACUGGAAGCGGUAGACAGGAAAAAUCCAGCACUGAUCUGCCCAGCAACUAUUGGUGCCAUCAACGAAGACCAGAUACAUGUGACCUUUGAUGGUUGGAGAGGGGCCUUUGACUACUGGUGCCGUUUUGAUUCUAGGGACAUCUUCCCCGUUGGUUGGUGUGAGAAGAGUGGUCACCCUUUGCAGAGUCCUGGCACCAAGGGUAACUUAGUUUUCUUUUAUCCGUCAGUUAGCCCACGUAAUUCUCAAGCCAGCCCCUUGACACCCAGCUCUGGAGAACUGAGUCAUCUGUCGCCACACGAGAGCACGGUGACCAGUUCUGAGCCUGACACAACUGCUGCUGAACCUGAUAAAGUGUGUGUAUAUGUGAACCACAACUGCUAUUGCGGAAGUCUCCUGCAGACGCGGAGUUUGAGUGAGCACAUGCCGAUGCAGUUUGGACCCGCUCCAAUCAGUCGGGUGCUACAUGACCUGGUCGGUGCCUGCAUCAGUUGUGCCAUCCAGGAACAACAAGUGUUUAAUAUUUUGAAAAUGGCGGCCCCAGGGACUGGCAGGAUUACAGUCACAGCCACACACAGCGGUCGCACAUACACAAAGAGAAUUGUGUCGUACGACAAAAUCUCUGACUUCAUUCAGUUCUUGGAAGGAUUCCGGGAAAGCCUAGGCUGCUGUGAAAAUUUUGUCAGUUUGAUUCCCCUGAAUCGACAGUGCAACAAGUGCAAAAAUAACAAAACUAAACCUGUCCUCAAACGAUCCGACACAUAUCAUCCCUCAAAGGGAGGUCGCAGGAGGUGGUCCACAGAGUCAUCAGAGAGCUCACGAGGAGGAACUAAAGUGCCCAAAGUUAUCACACAGAAGCGGCAAUCAACUUUAGAAGCUGGUAGGUCAAUGUUAAAAAAGCUCAGUAUAUUACUCAGCCAGCCUCCGCCAUUGAUGCCUUCUGUGCGUAGUCUAAACCCUGCAGAGUGGAGCGUGGAGGAUGUCAUGUCCCACAUAAAGGAUACAGACUCUGGUCUAUCUCCCUAUGUGGACCACUUUAAGAAACAUGAAAUCGAUGGAAAAGCCUUUCUGCUGCUGAAAAGUGAGAUGAUGCUGAAGUACAUGGGGUUGAAACUUGGACCGGUUGUGAAACUGUGCAAUAUUAUUGAUAAACUCAAAGCAAGAUGUGGCAAGUGA